CACACACUCUUGCUUCCACCAGACACUCACACACACACACACACACACACACACACACACAGCUCGUGCGGCAGUGUGGAGUAUCAGCACUCGGAUCGGGACGGACAGAGGGGGAGAACUGCACCUGUCCCACACACUCCUCACACACACACGUAGAGAGGAUCCGACCGGUCGUCCCUAUGUGUGGAUGGGACCAAAGUUACUCGGCGACCUCUCAUAGCUCGGCCAUGUUGACCAGUGAGGGGGCGCACGCCGUGGAGCAGGACGACUCGCACCACGCAGCCAAGAUGGCCGCCACCGCCACCAGCACGGCCUCGGACGGGGCCGAGACGGCGACGGACACCGACGUGGACAUGGAGAUGGAGAUGGAGGAGGCAGACAUGACGCAGUGGACGGAGGCGGAGUUCGAGGAGAAGUGCACAUACAUCGUGAAAGACACGGCGUGGGAGGCGGGGCCAGACAGCGACGUCAUGAUGACCACCACGACCAGAGCCGAGGCGUCGCUGCCCCGGAACCUGGCCUUCAAACACCUGGCUGGCAGCAAGGAGGUGGUUGGGGUGUGCAGCAGAGAGUACAUCCCGAAAGGAACUCGCUUCGGUCCCCUGGUGGGCGAGAUCUACACGGCUGACAGCGUCCCCAAAGACGCCAACCGCAAGUACUUCUGGAGGAUCUAUGUGGACGAGGAGUUUCACCACUUUGUGGACGGCCUGGACGAGACGCGCUCCAACUGGAUGCGGUACGAACCGGCCCACUCGGCGGCCGAGCAGAACCUGGCGGCGUGCCAGAGCAUGGAGAUCUACUUCUACACGGUGAAGCCCGUCCCGCCCGGCGCCGAGCUGCUGGUCUGGUACUGCCACGACUUCGCCGGACGCCUGCGCUACCCGCCGUCUGGGGAGAUGAUGAUGCAGAAAACUUAGUAAUCUCUUCUGGAGGUGAAGCAGCAGCAGGUGAGCAGUGAGGAGCGCUCUGCUGAAGCUUCCAGCCCAUCCACAGUUGCGGUGACCCCCACUCCUCCCAAGAGGGAACACAGCGUCCUUUCCAUUCUGCAUGGCACCAACAGCACAUCGUCAUCCGCAAAGAGGGAGCCCAGCCGGCCGCUUCCCACUCGCCCGCGCUGCGCCGACAGUCCGGAGCGCCCGUUGUACCCCCGCGCCAUCUACCCCGCUCUGAGGCCCCACCCACACAUCUCUGAGGACUUCCGUAGUCACAAACCCGGCCAUAUCGGUUACCCCUCCACUCGCUCCCCAUGCAACCAGUCGUCAGCCACGCCCAGCCCUUCAGCGAGGAGCAGCCCCGAGAGCAGCCCUCAGGGAAGUCCCUCCGGUCCAACUCCAUCACCGGCAACUUUCUACAACCCCGGCCUCAGUUCCUACCCUGGGUACUCCCCUCCUUCUGCCCCCCUGUCUUCACCGUUUUACCCUCCGGGGUCUGCCUACUCACGAUAUCUGUUGCCCCAUCACUAUCCCCUGCCUGGUGGUGGUGUCCCCACUGUGGGGGGGAUUUUCCCCAGGAUGUACCCCCUCUACAGCAGCCUCCUCCCUCCUCACAUGCCCCUCUUACCCUCCGACACACCGACCCGGCGCUUUCUGAUGCCCGAGCCGGUGCAUCCAUCCUCCAUCUCCGCCCACAGAGACUUCCUCCUCCCUGGACCCACCAGUGCCUUCUCAGCUGCUACUUCUCUGAGAGACAAAGCUGGGCCUCAUCACCCUUAUCCUGGGCUCCCUCACCCGAACGCCCCGGCGCACGCCCCCUCCAGUGGCUCCCCGACUGCAGGCACAGCGCCUCCCAGUGAGCAGGUUCCCACCAAGCCUACCUCAGCCCUACUGGGAAACACCAGCGAGCGGCACGCCGACGAAGAGGCAAUCAACCUGACCAAGGUGAAGCGUGGUGCCGGCUCAGCGGGCUACAAGGCGCUGCCGUACCCUCUGAAGAAGCAGAACGGCAAAAUCAAGUACGAGUGCAAUGUGUGCAGCAAGACCUUCGGACAGCUGUCAAACCUGAAGGUUCAUCUUCGUGUCCACAGUGGAGAGAGACCCUUUAAAUGUCAGACCUGCAACAAAGGCUUCACUCAGCUGGCUCACCUGCAGAAACACUACCUGGUUCACACUGGGGAGAAGCCACACGAAUGUCAGGUUUGUCACAAGCGCUUCAGCAGCACCAGCAACCUGAAAACCCACCUGCGCCUGCACUCAGGGGAGAAGCCCUAUCACUGCAAACUCUGCCCAGCGAAGUUUACCCAGUUUGUCCACCUCAAGCUGCACAAGCGCCUGCACUCCCGCGAGCGCCCCCAUAAAUGCCCUCACUGCCAUCGCCACUACAUCCACCUGUGCAGCCUGCGGCUCCACCUGAAGGGGUACUGCCUGACAGCGAACUCCGGCUCCACCAGUCCGGCCAUCUCCAGUCAGGCCGCCCUGGAAGAGGUGCACCGCGCCAACGAGGAGAUCGAACGCUUUGACGUCAGCGAGCACGCCGAGCGGCUGGAGCAGCUGCAGGGAGGCGUGGAGAUGGAGGCCAUGCUGGAGAAGCAGGUCCUGGGCAUGCUCUGGAGGGAGACCGACCUCAAGUCUCCGCGCUUCCAUUCCCACCACAAGGGCAGCGCCUCCGAGCUGCUGUCUGUGGGCUACGGUGCAUACGAGUCCCCGAACGAGACGUCGGUCAUCAAGAUGCGGCACAGCAGCCCCAUCCCGCCGCUUCCUGCCAGCGUCACCGUCAAGCAGGAAUCCGAGGAUCACGCUUAAGUGACACUCCAGAGGCAAAGACACAGGACUGCAUGGUGGACUGGGUUGCCAAGAGCAACGGUUGUAAAUAACAAUUUGUCUUCCUGGUUGUCAUCAGGACUGACAUGACCACGCCGGGUUUUCAACCUAUCAGGGACUCACGCACUCAGGGCUACAAGAGACACUGUCCCAUGACUACUUAGUGGUUUCAGCUUUAACUAUACUUAUAGACAAUCAUCUACCCAGGACUUACCUUUAAUGUAAUUAAAAUAAUGCUAUUAUCAUUAAUGUUGUAUUAUUUUAUGUCUGUUUUCAAAUGUCUUUUUUUUUUUUGAUCAAUUAGUUGUUGUAUAAUCUAAUUUAUUAUACUUUUUGUUGUCUUCUAAAGCAAUAAGUGGAAGUGAUGGUUACACUGAUGGAGUGGAAUCAAUAUGAAAGUCUAUUUUUCUGUAAUUUUAGUUCUUCUCUUUGUGGCCAUUUCUCUGUAGAUAGUCACUCUCUCUAUGCCUACAUGUGUCCUGUGACCCCUGACUUAUAAAACCAGGGGUUUCCAGUCUUCAGGGUGUCACCUAUUUAAAUUUAGGAACCAUUAUAUCAGGUUAAAAGGGUGAAAGACUUGCCAAUACAUGGCACAUAAAUUAAAUUUUGAAGAAGAGCUUUAUUUCAGCCCUGCUUGAUGCUUCCCUAAAGCACAUCUGUGUCCUUUUCUGAUGCCUACUUAAUUUAAAUGAAACAAAAAGGGCAUUUCUUUUUUUUUUUUUUUGUAUAUUUUUCACAACAGUUACCUCAGUGUGGAUGUGAUGUUAUGAGUGUGUGUGCGCGUUUAAAGGGACAGACGUAGGUGGGAGUUUUCUAUUUAUUUGCAUUUAUUUGCUACUUGAAGAAGAAACCAAACUGAACUGGAGUGCAGCUCUUGGUGUGGUCCAAAGGAGCGGCGUGGCCCGCUCCACAUGUAGCACAUUACGGAUUCGGGAAGGCCGGCGAGCCAUCCCUCCUUUGUUUUUAUUUUUUUGGCGACACUGUCAUUGCCCAACCAGGGAUGUGAACGUCCUCCGAUUAAUAAGGGAUUCACACGACGCUAGAAACCAAAGUUCCUGUGGCUUUAAUUUCAAAUGCACACCAAAACAAAAUAUGAAAAGGAAAAAUCAAAACAAGGGAAGAAGGACUUGAGGAAUCAAAAUGCUGAAGAAGGGAAGAUGAACUUUGUGUAUAUGAUGAAGUGUUCACUGUUUAGCUGUGGUCUAUCGUUUUGUGUAUGUUACUCAUUUUGUUGUUGUUGUUACUUGUUAAUAUUUUUGGUUUGCGAAAGAACGACCCCUUCUUUAACCCCGGCCGUCCGUCACCGUGUUCAUGAACUGGCAUACACCAAAGCACCUCGGCCUUCUUAUAUGCACUGGCCCCCCCCCCUCCUACUUUAUAACUUCAGUGCCGAUGCUUGUACCAUUUACACUGUGCACAAUAUAUCUGGUCAUACCGGCAUUAGGACGCAGCUUAAUGUCACUACAGCAGCUGGGACUUUCUGUAGCAGUUGUGCAUCAACAGCCUGGAAUCUGUAGUUCUUUGCUCUCUUCUGUUAUUCAUUACUUUUCUCCUUUACUGAUGUUUGACCAAAGCAUCUCUUUGUUCAGAGCUUUAACUCCAGAGGAGAAAAAAAAAUCCCCAAAAGAACUGUCUCUGUUUACAUUCUGGUUUACAUAGUUAUUUAUGUGCAAAAAUGUCAAAGUGUAAAUUAUGAUAUAAA